CCGGUGGGAUACGCCGCGAGGGGAGGGGUGCAUGUUCCUCACUCACCUGCAGGUGGGACAGGCGGGCUCUGUGCUGCUGCUGCGUUACACUAUUACCCUGGGAACCCGGGCAGGAGACAAUACGCUAUUGCCAUGGAGUGGAAUGAAAAUUCGGAAAUCUCAUGCGAUUUCGCAUUUUCUGAAGCACGGAGAUGGGUUGAGGAAGUUACUGGUAAAAGUUUUGGGAACCAGGAUUUUCGCUCUGCUCUUGAAAAUGGAGUACUGUUCAGUGAUUUAAUUAACAAGAUCAAACCUGGAAUAAUUAAAAAAAUUAAUCGCCUGUCCACACCUAUUGCUGGUUUGGAUAAUAUCAAUGUUUUCUUGCGGGCGUGCGAGAAACUUGGAUUGAAAGAAGCACAACUGUUUCAUCCUGGUGAUCUUCAGGAUUUAUCAAAUCGUGUUACAGUCAAACGGGAAGAAACCGAGAGAAGAUUAAAAAAUGUUUUGAUCACCUUAUAUUGGCUUGGGAGAAAAGCGCACAGUUUGGCGUAUUAUAAUGGUCCACAACUUAACUUGAAGUCAUUUGAAGGCUUGCUAGGGCAAACACUGACCAAGGCGCUAGAGGAGUCUGGUAACUUGAAGAGAAGUGGCAGAGAUAGUGGUUGUGGUGAUCUGUGGUACAGCGAGAGAGGGGAAAAUCUCAUUCCUGCUCAUAAAAGAGACGAUUCCUGGGAUAGUUUGGACUCAUUCGGUUCCCGGUCUUAUACAAGCUUUUCCUCUGAAGCAACUCUUAAAGGAAGCAGUGAGGGUGGGGAAAGUGACACAGAUUCUGAAGUGACGUACAAAAUGCAGGAUUCGGGCAAAAAUGAAAAGUCUUAUCGAAGGAGUUCUACGCUGGAGCCCAAACCAGCUGCUAAUUUCAAUCAGUUCCUCCCAAAUAAACCGAAACAGAUAAGUUACAUGCCAGCACCCCUAAGGAAGAAACGUGUGGACAAGAACGAGGACAACAGGAGAAGCUGGGCGAGUCCGAUUUACACUGAGUCUGAUGGAACAUUCUCAAGCAGUUCAGAUUCUGAAAAUGAAGGGAAGUUGCCGGAUUUGGUGCUCGACGAUUUAGCAAAAAGAAAAUUUUACAUGAACAGCAAGUCGUUUCCAGUGGCUUCAGCAUCUGGUCUACAUGGCCAAUCUCACAUGGACUCACAAAAACCUUUGAACAUUUUAAAAAAGGUUAUUCCAGAAAGUUCACAAAGACAGUGCAGCCAAGACAAAGAACUGGAUCUGAAACAAGAUAAAAUGCCAUUGAAGGGACAUGUUGAUUACACCAGAUGUUCUUCAGAUGAUGAUGAUGAAUUUCCUAGACAUUUUCCAAAUAUUAUCAAGGAUGACCUAUAUGUUAGAAAGGUCACUCUACCUGCCCCGCUGUUGAAGGUCACCUCUGACAAGUUACUCCUUAAAAUUUCAUCAGAUGAUUAUCAGCCUCACAAAGCUAUGUGGACAAGACCUCUUUCUCGUCCUUGGUACAAUGAAUUUCAGGGAUUCAGUAAGCGGCCUGGCGAAGACUGUCAAUGGACAUCUUGUCUUGCAUCGAUCCUUAAACUGAAGGGUGAAGUGGAAAAGAAUAGGGAACGCAUUGCAGAAUCUGACUCUAAAUUGCACAUCAGAAAAGAGGAAAAAAUACUACAGGAUAAAUCGGAGAAUCCAAGUCAGUUUUUAAUACUCCAGGCCCUUCAAAAAAUGACAUCCGAAUUACUCCCUUCUGAAGGCAAAGGAAAAAUAGACCCAACAUCUGGUCCUAGACUCAUACAUUCUCUCCAUAAUUCAAGUACACAGCAAUCUUCAUUGGAGAACAGCAUAGGAACACUGCCAGACCUUCAAAAUGAUGAUUUGUUUUCAAGGAAAACUGGAACGUUCCACCUCAACCAAGUGGUGAACCUUGGAACACCUUUAGCACAGGUGCUAGAAAUAGAGAAAGAUAUUGUCCUACAGUCUAAGGAAGACACAGACCAUCUCCCUGAUCUAGUGAAGGAUGACAUGAUUGUUCGUAGAGCGCAGCCUGACGCAAAGGAAGUACAUGUAUCCGGUGCACCAGACAAAUACAACGCAGUUCCUUUUCCUGAUCCUUUGACUCUUCCAGAAGAGAUGCAAUCUAAAUUUCUUUGUUUGGUAAAGACGUCCCCAGAAUCUAGCAAGACUGAUAACCAGGGAAGAGUGGUCAAGGCUUCAGAGAAACUUCAGAAAGAUGACAUGUUGACAAGAAAGGUUACUUUAGGCCAAGCUUUGCACAAUACAAAGCCACAGCAUUUCACAUCUGGCCCAUGCAGUGAGGAGGACCUCAGAAAGUGGGAGUCAAUAAGAGAUGCCAGCAAGAUAAGGCACAGGAAAAGGCAAAUGGUGGAAAGACUGCGGGAAAAGCUUUCCAUUGGCAGUGGAAGUAAAUCAUUAGAAAAUUGCAAUGCAGAGGACCUUCAGAACCUGAAUGAAGUUCGAUUGUCAGAAUUGCAGAAUGUAAAAAGUAAACUGCAGGAGCAGGAUCAGAAGUGGCAAGAUGAUUUGGCAAAAUGGAAAAAUCGAAGGAAAAGCUUUACAUCCGAUCUACAGAAGAAAAAAGAGGAAAGGGAGGAACUUGAAAAGAUAGCGGGUGAAAUGCCCGAAAGGACUUAUAAGACUUUCCAAGAAAUGCGUCAGGAGAGAGAGGAUAGAGAGAAUGAGAACAAUGAGCAGCCAAGAUCGGAACUGAGGAGAAUGUAUUCAUCAAGUGAUGAUGUCUUCGGUGAGUCAAAUAUCUCAUCCAAGCCAUCACUAGAAAAGAGUUACACAAUAGAUGUCCCAUACACAAGAACAACAGAUGUUACCUUGUAUGCUACAAAAAAUGCACACAAGAAGGAAAAUGAUGGUGAUUUAAUACAACUUGAAGAUGAUCCUGAUUCUGGUGGAGAAAAAGAGCCCCAGCACCGUUUUCAGAAUGAUACCACCAUUACUGUGCAAAGCUCUCAGAAGGUUGACAAUGCAGGGAUAAAUCUACCAGCUAAGGCUCGGGUUGAAAAAAGCUUCACUGUUGAUGCGGAUACGCCUUACACAAAUAAGAGCAGCACAACCUAUUCCAUAAAAAGUUAUACAAGGCAAGAAAACUCUCUGCCCCCUGACUCUAAUAAUGUGCAUAACCCACCAUAUUCAUCCUAUUCCGUAACUACUGAGAGCAAACCUACUCGGAUUUCUUCUUCACUGCCAAGGGGAUACCAGAAAACAGAUGCUUCCCGACUGUCAUCGGUGAUUACUCCAAGACCAUUUGGUACCCAAUCAAGAGGAAUCACCCCAUUUAACAAAUCGUACACAUUGGAUGAUACCCGUAGGUACAAUGGUACAUCCCACUUCAAGACGGAGGAGAAUAAGCCCAGCAGCAUUUUCCAGAGUGAAGAUGACAAUUCAGAAGAUGACUGGAAAGACAUUAAAAGAAGUGUUCCCCCUAAAGCUUUUGAUCUUCAACCAGAGAAGAGUACAGUUUCACAAUCUGUUAUUGUCACUUCUUCAAGCUCCCUGGACCAGCAUAGUGACAUGAGAAUCAGCAUUAACCAGAAGCCUGGAAGCAGCCAUGACUUUGGGUUUAAGACCAACUGGAACACUAAAGGGGUUAUCGUAACAUCUGUUGAUACAGGUAGUCCUGCUGAAUUGUCUCAGCUGCAAGUAGAUGAUGAAAUUCUAUCUGUCAAUGGCAUGAAAGUUUCCUCAAUGGACUUUGAUCAGUGGAGAGAAGCAAUGGACAGUGCUCUGGAAACUGGAAACCUUGCAAUAGAUGUCAGACGAUAUGGCCAGAAUGACUGGUGCAGAGACCCACCUUCCCUGCCGUACAAAAGCCAUAAAACACUCAAUCUGACCAGUAUGGAUAACAAACUUGUAGGUUCCCCUGAGAGUAAGUGGAUUGAUGCAAGUUCUAGAGGCAAUAGCGCUCCCAGAUCUCCUAACACAUCACUGAGAAGCAAUGCCAUGGAAUCUAGAAAUGUGUAUGAUUCAAAACAAAUUAAUGGGACAAAGGAUGAUGUGGAUUCCAAACAAAAAGAGUAUGAACCUAUUUCUAUGAGAAACUAUAAAAGGAGGUCACAAUUUUUUGAGCAAGGAAGUUCAGAUUCUGCUGCACCAGAUAUGCCAGUUCCAUCAAUUAAUGUUUCAACGCGAUGGUCUUGGGACCCUGAAGAGGAAAGGAAGAGGCAAGAAAAAUGGCAUCAAGAGCAAGAACAGAUCCUGCAGGAAAAAUACAAACGGGAACAGGAGAGACUUAGAGAAGAGUGGGAGAAGGCGCAGCAAGAAGCAGAGAAGGGAAAGUCUCAUAUUUAUCAGGAACCAAUCUAUAAAUUCAAUACAAGCAGUUCAGUGACUUCACACCCCCCAUCUGCGUAUUGGAGAACUGAGGAAUCUGAUCUAAUGGGAAGUGAAGAGGAUAUUCAAGAACACGAGAAGAGACUGGAAGAGGAACGCAAAAGAAAAGAUGAAGAAGAAAGGUUGAAUUACUUGGAAGCUCGCCGGCGCCAGGCUGAGGAGGAAGCUCGCCGGCGCCAGGCUGAGGACGAAGCUCGCCGGCACCAGGCUGAGGACGAAGCUCGCCGGCGCCAGGCUGAGGUGGAAGCUCGCCGGCGCCAGGCUGAGGUGGAAGCUCGCCGGCGCCAGGCUGAGGAGGAAGAUCGCCGGCGCCAAUCAGAGGAGGAAGAUCGCCGGCGCGAGGCAGAGGAGGAAGCUCGUUGGCGCCAUCAAGAAAAUGAAAGAAAAAGGCAGGAUGAGGAAAGGAGACGAAAUGAGGAGGAACAAAUAAGACUUAAAGAAGAAGAGGCAUGGCAGAGGAAACAAGAACAAGAAGAGGAACAGCAAAGACUGAGGUCACAGAGAACGUACAUCAGUGCACCUAAUUCGAGAUUAUCGAGGACUUUUGAUGAAUCUGAUUAUACAUCUUACAACAGAAGCAAAGUCAGAGAUGCAGCAGAUUCAUCAGGAUAUCAAACUACCAGGGGAAGUGAGAGCAAUAGAGACUUCAAUACUACAUGGUCUGUGGGUGACUCACACCAGGGGUCACAGAAGGAUGUCUCUGCAGAGCUGGAAAGACAGAGAAUAAUUCAAGAUAUGAGGAAAAAAGCACCGCUCAAUACUGACAAUAGCUGGAUCCGACAGCGUAGCUCCAGUGUCACAAAAGACUCAUCGUCUGUUCCAAGUUUUAUGAGAAGAGGUGAAUCAUUAGAUAACCUAGACUCCAGCUCAGGAACCCAGAUACAGCCAUCAUGGGCAAAUCAUUCAUCAUCGUAUAAUUCGCUGUCAUCUAGUCAAGAUUUCAGCAGACCAUCCCAAGUGGUAUCUACGUCUAACCGCACCUACCUGCGCAACCCUUCCUCUGGCUUCCAACAGCCUUCAUCUGGCUCCGUCAGGAGUGCGUCCCUUUCCCAGAGCUCUGUGGCAUCAUCUUCUUUGCCUCGGAAUCAAUCGCCAACACCAGCAUCUGGGCAACAGCGCAGCAAGUCAGUGAGCGGCAAGAAAUUGUGCUCUUACUGUAAUAACAGUUUGGGCAAAGGAGCAGCCAUGAUCAUCGAAAGUCUGGGUCUUUGUUUUCAUUUACAUUGUUUUAAGUGUGUUGCUUGUGAAACAGACCUUGGAGGCUCCAACUCUGGAGCAGAAGUUAGAAUCCGGAACAACGAAUUGUACUGCAACAGCUGCUACAUUAAAUAUAAAACCGGGCAGCCCACCUCGAUGUGAAGGCCUAAUCGCUGAAGAACCACUGCUAGAAGUAUCAGAGGAGGAAGGAUGUAAAUCUGUAAGCGCAAGGAUGUAAAUCUAUAAGCACAGGUUGGAUAUGUGCUUUAUAUAUCUUAUGUUAUCUGUAAGAUAUGACAUCGCAAUUGCCUUUUAUUCUUGUAUUACCUCUUUAACUAGAUUUUUCUGUGCUAUAUUUAUGAGAGGAUAAUCAAAGCUAAGGGGCAUGUUGUAUCUUGUGUUCUGAAUUCCGUAUGUAAAAAAGACUGCUUUUAUUUGUAAUUUCAAAACAUUUUUGAGUAUCUUUCUUUUUUUUCUUUUUUUUUUUCCCAUUCUCUUCUCAUUGGUGUCUGAAGAGGGUAUUUUCAUUGGGAAUGUUAUUUAACAAGUAAUAUCAGAUUAAUACUAGAGUAAUGUUGCUGUCCUUUCCUCUGAACAAAAUGAAAGCGUAUUGAAAUGCAUCUGAAUGUAUUGUAGUUCCAUAUUUAUGUAUGACAAUAUGAGCUAUGUCACUGCUUUGUGGUGAGGCGCAGAAGGGAUGCUGCAAAUUCUAUCAGUCUCUCUGCAGGAAUUGUGCGGUAACAUGGAUUUUCCAAUACCAAUGUUUUCUUUUCCUGAAAUUGUUUGUCAAUAAAUGUUUAUUUUCCAAAGAAAGUUUCCUGUAACUAUUUUCUGAUUUACUUUUGUAAAUAAAAUGAUGGCUGCAUUUAA